AUGGCAGAAAAGUCGGUUUACAAGGACGGGAGUUUUAAUCGCGCGCCCAGCUCGUUUCGCAACUUUAUCUCGGCGGAUCCAAACUCUCGGUUCCCGGCAGAGAAAGGACGAUAUGCGCUGUAUCUCUCGCCACUCUGCCCAUGGGCCCACAGGACGAUAAUUGUCCGCGCCAUCAAGGGUCUGGAGGACAUUGUAGAUCUGUAUGAGGUCGAUGGUGGCUCAGAGGGAUGGUACUUCACCGGCGAGGGCAGGGUUCUCGCGGCGGACCCCCUCUACGGCCUCGAGAGCAUACGGGACCUCUACAAGAAAGUCAACCCGGACUUCCCGGGGCGGUUCACGGUGCCGGUUCUGUGGGACAAGAAAACACAUACCAUUGUCAACAACGAGAGCUCCGAGAUCAUCCGCAUGUUCAGCAGCGCCUUCGACCACCUGAUUCCGGAGCCCCUCCGAGAAUCGAACCGGCCGGGCGGCGGGCUCUACCCGGAGCCCCUGCGGGCGCAGAUCGACGAACUCAACGAGUGGGUCUACGACAAGAUCAACAACGGCGUGUACAAGGUCGGCUUUUCGCCGGCGCAGGAAUCGUACGAGGCGAACCUGUACCCGCUCUUCGACGCGCUCGACCGCGUCGAGAGCAUCCUGGCCGACGGCCGGCGGUUCCUCUUCGGCGAGCACCUGACCGAGGCCGACGUGCGGCUCUACACUACCAUUGUCCGCUUUGACGUGGCCUAUCACACCGUCUUCAUGUGCAACCUCAAGUCCAUCCGCCACGACUACCCGCACAUCUAUUUCUGGGCCCGCCGGCUGUACUGGGACGCUGACGAGGCCGGCGAGUUCAGGGCAGCGUUCAACAAGACCACGGCGCCAAACAUCCACCGCUAUAGCGAGGGAUAUGCCAAGACGCGCCACCACGUCGUCUUGGGGAAGCAGGGGCCGCUGAUCGUUCCAAAGGGCCCCAAGGUGUUGAUCGAUCCUCUUUAA